ACCCUAACACUAAACCCCUAGCAAAACCUCAGAGCCGGCCACAGAAGCAGAGAGAGAGAGAGAGUGAGAGAGACGAUGGAGAUAGAGGAAGGCACAGAUGACAGGCAGGUCCAGGUUCGCUUCGUCACGAAGCUUCAGGACAUCCCCUUCAAAGUUCCCAACACCACCAUUCCCGCCUCCUAUUCCCGUUUGGACCUCUCCAAAGUCGUCAACGCUCUCAUCCAAACCGAAAAUCCUGACUGGGAGUCGGAGCCCUUUGAUUUUCUCAUCAAUGGCGUAUUGGUUCGGAUGUCGCUUGGACAGUUCCUUCUUGCUAAGGGCAUUUCCGCGGAGAAGACAUUGGAAAUUGAAUAUAUACGGGCUGUUGUCCCACGCAGAGAAGAAGCGCCUUGUUUACAUGAUGACUGGGUCGGUGCAGUUGAUGGUUCCAGUCCCGGGUUCAUUUUGACAGGGUGCUAUGAUGGUUUAGGAAGGGUAUGGAAAGCUUCUGGAACAUGUACACAUAUACUGCAAGGACACAGUGAACCAGUUACAUCUGUUAGUGUUAUCAGUGCAGAAGGGGGAGAAAGUUGUAGCGUAGCUACUGCUUCAAAAGAUCGCACACUGAGGCUGUGGAAGUUCAAUACAGAAGAGCCAACAAACAAUCCUUUGAGGACAACAGCAUACAAAAUUUUGCGUGGGCACGGAGCAGCUGUUCAAAGUGUCGCUGCUCAUACCUCUGGAGACAUGGUCUGUUCAGGCUCCUGGGAUUCCACAAUCAAAUUAUGGCAGACAGAUGAGCCUGAUAUAGAAGUUGAUGUGUCAAUUAAGAAGAGAAAAAAAAUUGAUGAAGCUAAGGAAUCUCAAAAGGAGGGGGAGGCUGUUUCUUCUCUAGUGGGCCAUACACAAUGUGUAUCUUCUGUCAAGUGGCCUCAGCGUGACAUAAUCUAUUCGGCAUCUUGGGACCAUUCUAUUAGAAGGUGGGAUGUUGGGACAGGCAAAGAUGUACUGAACAUACCUGCCAGCAAAGCCCUCAACUGUCUUGAUAUUGGUGGUGAAGGUUCUGCACUUGUUGCUGCUGGUGGUUCUGACCCCAUUCUUAGGAUAUGGGAUCCUCGUAGACCAGGAACUUCUGCUCCUGUUGGUCAAUUCUCAUCUCACACUUCUUGGAUUACGGGAUGCAAGUGGCAUGAGAGCUCUUGGUUUCAUAUACUCUCUUCAUCGUAUGAUGGCAAAGUCAUGCUAUGGGAUAUGAGAACUACUUGGCCUUUAUUUGUCAUUGAUUCACAUAAAGACAGCAAGGUACUAUGUGUGGAUUGGUGGAAAGGUGAUAGUGUGGUUAGUGGUGGGGCAGAUACAAAGCUUUGCGUGAGUUCCGGCGUUUCUGUGCAGUGAGUUAAAUUUUGAAGGUGGAAGUACUCACACAUGGAGUGGCACAUCUUCAGCCCUCUCAUUUUCUGAAAAUGGUGGUGAGAUGGGAUCCCCGUGUCCAGGGUGAGGUUUCUGAUGUUGGCUGACAGCCCAGAAAAUCUAGUCGCCGAGCUCAUUUUCACUCUGACGCCAAAUGAUAUUUAGCAAAUUGCAACAAACUUAUAUUUCUUUUAUACAAAUUAUGGAGAGACCUAUUUAAUUUGUUCAAUAUAUAGGCUCGGAUCAUGUCUCUUAUAUAUAUACAAUUGUGCUCAGUAUUUUUUU